GUGUGUAUGUGUGUGACACACGAGUUGCGACUCAAAAGGAGUUGGGGAGAAGGGGGGGGGGGGUGGAAAGAAAAAAGCGAGCCAUUUUUUUCCCCCCAAGCCCGCCAUACCAAGUUGCAUCCCCUCCACCCUACUGAUUUGACCAAACGGGGCACAAUUUUCUCCCCACGCCCCCCCCCCCCCCCGCCAAGAGCUGCUUCCUCCGCUUUGCAGCCCACCCAGACUGAAUGAGAAACUUUUCCUCGCCUCAGAGGGCGGUGGGAGGAAUCUUUUGGGGAGGGGGGCUGCCUAGAUCCCGGGGGGCUCUUUGCAAAGUUUCCGCACGCCCCGUGCGCGCUGCGCUCCUUUCCCACCCGGUGCAUGUGAGAUAAUUUCUUCUCCCUCCCGCCUCCCUCCCUUUCUGACCGACCCGACGUUUGUGCAGAAAAGGCAUCAGCCAUGAACAAGCUCUACAUUGGCAACCUCAACGAGAACGUGACUCCGGCCGACCUGGAAAAAGUCUUCAACGACCACAAGAUCUCCUUCAGUGGCCAGUUCUUGGUGAAAUCGGGCUACGCCUUUGUGGACUGCCCAGAUGACCAGUGGGCCAUGAAAGCCAUCGAAACUUUUUCGGGCAAAGUGGAACUGCUUGGAAAACAUCUAGAGAUUGAACAUUCAGUACCUAAAAAGCAAAGGAGCCGCAAGAUUCAGAUACGAAACAUCCCUCCUCAGCUGCGAUGGGAGGUUCUGGAUGGUUUGCUUGCUCAGUAUGGUACUGUGGAAAACUGCGAACAAGUGAAUACCGACAGCGAGACAGCGGUUGUCAACGUCACGUAUGCCAAUCGGGAGCAAACCAGACAAGCCAUCAUGAAACUUAAUGGACACCAGAUGGAAAACCAUGCGCUGAAGGUCUCCUACAUCCCGGAUGAACAGACUGUGCAAGGCGCGGAGAACGGGCGUCGAGGCGGUUUUGGGACCCGGGGUGCCCCAAGGCAGGGCUCCCCUGUGGCUUCGGGGGCGCCUGUGAAACAGCAGCCAGUGGACAUCCCCCUCCGACUUCUCGUCCCCACCCAAUAUGUCGGAGCCAUCAUUGGCAAAGAAGGCGCCACCAUUCGCAACAUAACGAAGCAGACGCAGUCCAAAAUCGAUGUUCACCGGAAGGAAAACGCAGGGGCGGCCGAGAAAGCCAUCAGCAUCCAUUCGACGCCCGAGGGAUGCUCUGCAGCUUGCAAGAUGAUCCUGGAAAUUAUGCAGAAGGAGGCGAAAGACACCAAGACCGCUGAUGAAGUGCCUCUGAAGAUCCUGGCCCAUAACAACUUCGUGGGGCGGCUGAUCGGCAAAGAGGGCCGCAACCUGAAGAAAGUGGAGCAGGACACGGAGACAAAGAUCACCAUCUCUUCUCUGCAGGACUUGACCCUAUACAACCCUGAAAGGACCAUCACUGUGAAAGGAUCCAUUGAGAACUGCUGCAAAGCAGAACAGGAAAUCAUGAAGAAAGUGAGGGAAGCCUACGAGAAUGAUGUGGCGGCCAUGAGCCUGCAGUCACACCUGAUACCUGGCCUCAACCUAGCUGCCGUCGGCCUCUUCCCUGCCUCUUCCAAUGCUGUGCCGCCACCUCCGAGUAGCGUCUCUGGAGCGGCCCCUUAUAGUUCUUUUUUGCCUCCUGAGCAAGAGACGGUACACGUCUUCAUCCCUGCGCAGGCUGUGGGCGCGAUCAUCGGCAAGAAAGGACAACAUAUCAAACAACUCUCCAGAUUUGCAAGUGCCUCAAUCAAGAUUGCACCUCCAGAGACACCAGAUUCAAAAGUACGAAUGGUGAUCAUCACUGGACCACCAGAAGCCCAGUUCAAGGCUCAAGGACGAAUCUAUGGCAAGCUUAAAGAGGAGAACUUUUUCGGGCCCAAAGAAGAAGUGAAGCUAGAGACACACAUCCGAGUCCCGGCCUCGGCUGCAGGGAGAGUCAUUGGCAAAGGAGGCAAAACGGUCAACGAACUGCAGAAUCUGACGGCAGCUGAGGUAGUUGUCCCGCGGGACCAAACCCCGGAUGAGAACGAGCAAGUGAUUGUUAAAAUCAUAGGACAUUUCUAUGCCAGCCAGAUGGCGCAGCGCAAAAUACGUGAUAUCCUCGCUCAGGUGAAACAACAGCAUCAGAAGGGACAGAACAGCCAGGCGCAAGUGCGAAGGAAAUAGGAAAUUGCUUUACCCUGGGUGUGUGAGAAAGAAAAAGAUGGACAAACGGAUGACAAUGACAACGGAUGAAACGAACGCCAAGCAGAAAGAGUGACGCACUGACGCGGAAUCCUAAGAGUGUCUGGGAAUCAGUUUACCGUAGGCGGGUAUUAGUAACUUUCACGUAGACGGGUGACUUAAAUGUCUCAAGAGCCAAAGGCAGAUAUGAUUGGCUCCUCAGGCAUGUGGUAUAUUAAAUAUAUAUUUGAGGGGGCAAAAUUGGAUCAAAUAAUAGGGAAAAAAAUUAAUCAGACCCCAGAAUCUGUGUUCAGUUGAUUAAUGUGUGUGUUUUUAUGAAAUUGUCCAGAGGGGCGGGCAGAAUUCCCACACACAGUUUGCUGUGCAUUAGAUCAAGAGUGGAGUACAGUAAAAUCUUGUCUCCCUUUCCUUCCCCCUCCCAAAAGCAACAAAAUUAUCUUUACUUGGGCAACUACCUGUCCUCCAACCACAACUAAUUGUCAGGAGAUGGAAACUGAGUGGGAAUGGAUCCCUUUUUGAUGCUAACACACCUUAGAUUCCUACCAUUUAGAUAGCCAGGUUCCGUUUGAGUCCCACACUUUGGUGGCUGCAAAAGUCAGUGUGUAGUGGUUGGGGGACCCCAUUCCAGAAUCUCUUUUCAUUCAACUAUAUCUCCAGAGGGCUGGAGCUGGUUUUAAUUGUUUGUCCCCAACUGUGGAGCAGUGGGACGAGAACCUUGCUCGGACUGGAAUUUAUGUGUUAGGAAAAACAGCCCCGAGCAGUCGAUUGAAUGAAUUGCUCUUUCCCUGCAACAUCUGCAUAUUGCUUGGCCAAAGGAUCCUGCUUUGCUGCUGCUGCUGCUGGUUUUCUCUCCAGAUGUGGCACCACAAUUUAAAGCACUGAAAUCACUGCAGUGGCCUCUGCAGCUUGGUUUGUUCCAACGUUUUUGUGGCCACAAGGAAACCCAAAGGCUGCCUCUGGAUCAAAAUGCCUUCAGAUAAAUAUCUCAGAAGUGGAACCAUACUAAUCUUCCACCCUGGUGUAGCUCCCUUGGCGUGUACAUCCUUCUGACACUUUUAUCUUUUUUGAUCCUAGAAUUAUCUGUGCAUAUUAAUGGAUUCCCCCCGCCCUUUACUUCAAAUUGGCCAACAGGUUGGGAAAACAAACAAAUAACACUUCUUUUAUUUUAACAUUGUUUCUUCUGUUUUUCAAACAGUGGCUUGGUUCCGACAUCACAGCAAACCAAUGGUUUGCACUAACCAUAGUUUACAACUGAAAACCAAGUCUGACUUGUUAAGUGUGUCAGCAGAAGGUAGUUUAGAACUGCUGGUCUCCUUUCAGGACUCAUAUUUCUGGAGUGUUGGGGACUGACUGGCGGAACAGUGUCACACACUUUAAUUUGUCAGUUCAUUCAUCAGAUCAAACCAUGGCUUGUUAGCCUACUUUGAAACCAUGGUUUUUGAUUCUGGUUUACCACAAAUUUGCAAAUUAUGGUAUUGUCAGUUUAGACAUUGAGACGGACCUCUGUUCAGUUUCACAGCAUACAAGCUGGUGCGAUGUCUGAAUUAUGUCAGCUUCUUUGAAAAACCUGUAGCAAGGAGUUAAAUUCUGGCCCGCCCCCUUCUGAAACAAUUGUAAAACCAAGCACUUGGGAAAACAUGCCACCGUUUUAAUUCACCGAACCUGUAGAUAAGAAUCCUAACUUAAAUGAGUUGCUAAACAAGUUGCAGACAAAACAGAAAUUUUGACAAUGAAUUCUAGAAAACUGUUAUAUUCGUAAGCUAUCAAGUUACAAGGCAUAGAUUUUUUUAAAAACAAAAGAAAUGUGUUUGCAUUUUUCUUUGAUUUUAAUUUGGUUUUAGGCACGAGACGCACAGAUUAGUUUUUCCCCUCCCUCUCUUAUCUGAUUGUUAUUUUCAAAGUAAAGGUCACAAGGUUUCACAUAAGAACACCAAGCAUAGCUGUGCAAGGCUAUAACAAGGGUUUUUUUUUAAAGAGAAGGGGGAAUGUGUUGUUUGCAAUUCAGACAUCAUGCCUCUUGAUCUUGAGGAUUCAGGAUUUGAUGUGACAAUCCUAUCAAGACUAGGCUGACCAGACGUCCCGCUUUUGGCAGGACAGUCCCGCCUUUAAACAAUUUGUCCCGCGUCCUGCAGGUUCUUCAAAUUG